AUGCCACGCCGUCGAAAGAUCGUUUAUCAGGCUGAUAAAGUAAGAGCGAGAGAGAGCGAGAGAGAGCGCGAGAGAGAGAGCGAGAGAGAACGCGAGAGAGAGCGCGAGAGAGAGAGCGAGAGAGAGCGCGAGAGAGAGCGCGAGAGAGAGCGCGAGAGAGAGCGCGAGAGAGAGCGCGAGAGAGAGCGCGAGAGAGAGCGCGAGAGAGAGCGCGAGAGAGAGAGCGAGAGAGAGAGCGAGAGAGAGCGCGAGAGAGAGCGCGAGAGAGAGCGCGAGAGAGAGAGCGAGAGAGAGAGCGAGAGAGAGCGCGAGAGAGAGCGCGAGAGAGAGCGCGAGAGAGAGCGCGAGAGAGAGCGCGAGAGAGAGCGCGAGAGAGAGCGCGAGAGAGAGCGCGAGAGAGAGCGCGAGAGAGAGCGCGAGAGAGAGCGCGAGAGAGAGCGCGAGAGAGAGCGCGAGAGAGAGCGCGAGAGAGAGCGCGAGAGAGAGCGCGAGAGAGAGCGCGAGAGAGAGCGCGAGAGAGAGCGCGAGAGAGAGCGCGAGAGAGAGCGCGAGAGAGAGCGCGAGAGAGAGCGCGAGAGAGAGCGCGAGAGAGAGCGCGAGAGAGAGCGCGAGAGAGAGCGCGAGAGAGAGCGCGAGAGAGAGCGCGAGAGAGAGCGCGAGAGAGAGCGCGAGAGAGAGCGCGAGAGAGAGCGCGAGAGAGAGCGCGAGAGAGAGCGCGAGAGAGAGCGCGAGAGAGAGCGCGAGAGAGAGCGCGAGAGAGAGCGCGAGAGAGAGCGCGAGAGAGAGCGCGAGAGAGAGCGCGAGAGAGAGCGCGAGAGAGCGCGAGAGAGCCGCGACGUGGUACUACCUGGAGGCGGCGAGCGUCGCCUCCGUGUGGUGCAGCAGGAGCCGCUCGUGCCGCCGCCGGCGCCUCAGCCGCAGCUGAAGCACGCGGUGGCCCUGGAUGACGGUCGCCCACGCGGGACACGCUCUGUUCGCUGCCAACAGGGAAGUGCUGUCCAGUUUCCUACGGAGUGA